GGUUCCAAGUCACUGCUAUACCAACCAAUACCAACUGAUGUCAACAGCACGAUGCAAUUCUUUGAAUUGGACUCCACAGAGAAUAUAGAAGUCUGUGUCUCUGUGACCGCAUCAGCGCGCAACAAAUCGCACUGUAAACGAUGAGCGACAGCGAUGACGAUCGGCCGCAGUUGAGCUCGAGCACGCUUGCCGCGCUACACGAAUUCCUGCUGGAGAAGGAAGAGCGAGAGAACUUGCUGAAACGUAUAGCCGAGGGAGUUCGGAUACCCGAUACUCCCUUCGACGAGGAUUGGCAACUGAGCCAGUUUUGGUACAAUGACGAUACGAUAGCAGCUUUUGUCAGAGGUGCCUUGAACUCUACGCCGGCGAAUGGAAAGGUCGCCCUGGUUUCUUGUCCGACCCUUUACGGCAAACUGAAGAAAGAAUGCGGCGAUCGGCAAGUCACGCUGUUCGAGUAUGACAGUCGUUUCGAGAUAAUUGGUGAAGAUUUUAUUCCGUAUGACUACAAGUUCCCUCUGGACGUCCCGCGGAACAUGUCUGGUCAGUUCGACCUGGUUCUGGCCGACCCACCGUUCCUCUCGGAAGAGUGUUUGACCAAGACGGCAGUGACGAUAAAGUUCCUCGCCAAGAAGAACAUCGUGCUCUGCACAGGUGCCGUUAUGGCCGAGUUGGCGGAGAGGCUGCUGGACGUCAAAAAGUGUGACUUUGUUCCAGGUCACAAGAACAAUUUGGCGAAUGAAUUUUGCUGCUACUCGAAUUUCAGUUUUGACAAAACUCUGGUGUAAGUGUCAAUGGUGUCGGAGACAGUAUUGAACAAAGAUAUAUAUAUAUAUUUUGUGAUAAAUACAUUUAAAUGUUGUU